AUGAAAUUUUUCAUUGAUGAUCUCCCGGUCCUUUUCCCGUACCCUCGUAUAUACCCCGAACAAUAUGCCUACAUGUGUGAUCUUAAGAAGACCCUCGAUGCCGGGGGUCACUGCGUUCUCGAGAUGCCUUCGGGUACUGGAAAGACGGUUACAUUGCUGUCGCUGAUUGUUGCCUACCAGCAACACUAUCCAGAGCACAGGAAACUCAUAUACUGUUCUCGAACAAUGUCCGAGAUCGAGAAAGCGUUAGCAGAGCUAAGGGAGCUGAUGAAGUUUCGUUCUGAACAAUUAGGAUAUACUGAGGACUUUCGUGCUUUGGGCUUGACUAGUCGAAAAAACUUGUGUCUGCACCCAUCCGUCAAACGGGAGAAAAGCGGCACGGUGGUUGACGCUCGAUGCCGAAGUUUAACUGCCGGUUUCGUCAAGGAAAAGAAGGAAAAGGGCGAAGACGUCGAGUUGUGUGUAUAUCACGAGAAUCUAGACCUUCUCGAGCCCCAUAACCUCGUACCCCCGGGCGUGUUUACACUUGAUGGCCUGUUAAACUACGGGGAGCAACAUAAACAAUGCCCUUAUUUCUCUGCUCGGCGUAUGAUGCCAUAUUGCAAUGUUAUCAUUUACUCCUACCAUUACCUCCUAGACCCGAAGAUUGCCGAAAGGGUCUCUAAAGAAUUCUCGAAAGACUGCAUAGUGGUAUUCGACGAGGCACACAAUAUUGAUAACGUUUGCAUUGAGUCGCUUAGCAUUGAUAUAACGGAAGAUUCAUUGCGAAAAGCCACUCGGGGGGCAAACAACCUGGAGCGGAAGAUCCAGGAUGUAAAGAGUUCUGACGCAGAAAAGCUUAAUAACGAAUACAUGAAACUCGUUGAGGGAUUGCGGGAGGCUGAGCAGGCUAGAGACGAAGAUCAAUUCAUUUCAAAUCCCGUUCUUCCAGACGAUCUGCUCAAAGAAGCUGUCCCAGGUAAUAUACGCAGGGCGGAGCAUUUUGUUGCCUUCCUGAAGAGAUUCAUCGAAUAUCUCAAAACUCGAAUGAAAGUCACUCACACCAUCUCAGAAACGCCGCUUUCUUUUCUAAAUCAUGUUAAGGAAUUGACUUUUAUUGAGCGGAAGCCACUGAGGUUUUGCGCGGAACGCUUAACGUCACUAGUUCGGACACUGGAGCUCAUCAAUAUAGAGGAUUAUCAACCACUCCAAGAGGUAGCGACGUUCGCAACCCUGGUUUCGACUUACGACAAAGGCUUCCUCUUGAUCUUAGAACCUUUCGAAUCAGAGGCGGCAACAGUCCCAAAUCCAGUCCUACAUUUUACAUGUUUGGACGCCGCCAUCGCUAUUAAGCCUGUGUUCGAUCGCUUCAGCUCUGUGGUCAUUACGUCGGGUACCUUAUCACCACUUGAGAUGUAUCCGAAGAUGUUAGGAUUUACGACUGUCAUGCAAGAAUCGUAUAGUAUGACCCUUGCCCGUCGAUCUUUCCUUCCUAUGAUCGUGACUCGUGGAUCGGACCAAGCACAGAUUUCGUCUUCAUUUCAAAUCCGAAAUGACCCUGGUGUCGUACGCAACUAUGGAAACAUAGUCCUUGAGUUCUCUCGCAUAACUCCUGACGGAGUCGUCGUGUUUUUCCCAUCCUAUCUAUACAUGGAGUCAAUUAUCAGCAUGUGGCAGGGUAUGGGCAUCCUCGACUCUAUUUGGAACUAUAAAUUGAUCCUUGUCGAAACUCCCGAUGCCCAAGAAUCAUCAUUAGCCCUAGAAACAUACCGGACAGCAUGUUGCAACGGCAGAGGUGCCUUGCUAUUUUGCGUCGCACGAGGUAAAGUUUCCGAGGGUAUCGAUUUCGACCACCACUAUGGCCGGGCUGUGCUAUGCAUCGGCGUUCCAUUCCAAUACACCGAGUCCCGCAUUCUCAAAGCGAGGCUAGAAUUUCUUCGGGAGAAUUACCGCAUCAGGGAAAAUGAUUUCCUUUCUUUCGAUGCUAUGCGGCAUGCCGCUCAGUGUUUAGGUCGCGUCCUUCGAGGCAAAGACGACUACGGAAUCAUGGUCCUCGCCGACCGGCGGUUCCAAAAGAAACGAAAUCAACUUCCCAAGUGGAUUAGUCAGGCGCUUUUGGAGAGUGAAACGAAUCUCAGUACGGAUAUGGCAGUGGCGACUGCAAAGAACUUUCUGCGCACCAUGGCUCAGCCGUUCAAAGCUAAAGAUCAAGAAGGUAUCUCCACAUGGAGUCUUGCGGACUUGGAGAGACAUCGUCAGAAACAGAUACAAGAGCAGGAGAGACUACAGCGGGAAACUUUCGCUCAGGGGGAUAGAACGAACGGUUCUCGCAACGGAGCGGGAGAUGAGUUUGAUGAAGGAAUUGAUGAGGAUCUCAUGAUGUUGGAUGCGCAGUGA